GCCGGCGCGGCCAUGGAGGUCUACAUCCCGUCCUUUCGCUACGAGGAGAGCGACCUGGAGCGGGGAUACACGGGAUUCUGUGGCAAGCCUGCCAAUCAAAGUGACAGCUGUAGUGAUGCAACCUCCGUGACUGCACCCAAACUUCCUUCUUUCACUGAGCUCAGUGGAUGAAAACGACCUUGACUGGUGCCAGGUUGUCCUGGUUUCAGUCACACUUGACACUGAGAGGGGGUUCUGCAGCCCAUUAGCGCUCAAGGCCCAGGUGUUUAAGAUAGAAGUGCUAAUGAAUGGAAGAAAACACUUUGUUGAGAAGAGGUACAGCGAAUUUCAUGCCUUGCACAAAAAGCUUAAGAAAUGUAUAAAAACUCCAGAAAUCCCUUCUAAACAUGUUAGGAACUGGGUCCCAAAAGUCUUGGAGCAGCGACGGCAAGGUUUGGAAACAUAUUUACAGGCUGUUAUUUUAGAAAAUGAAGAACUUCCGAAACUCUUUCUUGAUUUCCUAAACGUUAGACACUUGCCCUCUCUACCAAAGGCAGAAAGUUGUGGGUCUUUUGAUGAGACAGAAUCUGAAGAGUCAAGCAAACUGUCCCACCAGCCGGUGCUGCUGUUCCUCAGGGAUCCAUACGUCUUGUCUGCAGCCAGCGAUUUUCCAAAUGUGGUUAUCGAAGGAGUUCUUCACGGGGUAUUUUAUCCUCAUCUGCAGCCCAGGUAGAAAUCCUGCCCGGCACAAAGAGGCUGAAGCAAGUUUCAAAAUCGUAGUCAAAGAAAUCAGUGUCUACCAAAUUAACCUAAACUCUGACAUAACAGCUUUAGCUAGUGGUAAAAUUCACAGUCCCAGCUUAAUUCCAGGCAGGGACAUUUCCAUUAGAAUGGUGCUUUUAAAAAUAGAAACUGAACCAGGGCAGUGGUCAGGUACGACCAAAUGUUUCAGAAGUAGAAUGUAGCUGCCGACUGAGGAGCCCAUGAAAAGGAGGCCACAGAAGAUUCCUGGGAGCCCUGCGUGUCACAAGACAAAGCUAUGUGCCACUUCAGUUGCACCAUUGCUAAUUGAAAAAUCAUAGCUGGAAUCAUGGAGACCAGUUAACUCCCACAGCUUUUCUGUUCAGAUCUCACGACACACUGAUCUUCAUCAUGGAACGUUCUUAGCCAGUGAUGGUGCAUUCUUAAGCACUGACACCACAGGAGUGUCCCACAACACACCGUGCUAAAUGUGAGCAAAGACCCAAACUGGAAAUUCAAUUCGAUUAGCAGUAUUAUGCAAUGACAGAUCAUGGCACUGGAACUUACAUUGUAGUGGAUUGAGGCACACAUGUCAGCACAUAAGAUGACACGGGUACUUUCAUGGUCUUUGUAAGCCCUUUGGAAAGGAGCCAUAUUGGAAAUCUGUCCAUCUACAACUUUUCUCUCUAGUGCUGGAAGAUACUUGUGCUACUGUGAAGAUAACUGAUGCUGCCAGUGGUUUUCGAGGAGGACUAGUCUGUAGUUUUUGAAAGAAAACAAAAACAUGCCUUUUAACACUAGAUUCACACUCAGCCCUGCCAGAUGCUUGCCCGGUGAGAGGCGGUGGGACGGACGAUGACUAGAGUAAGCGUGAUGGACAGUGCUCAUCUGGCUUUUACUCAAGGGCAUGGCCUUGGGGUGUCAUGUUGUCUUCCUUAUGGCUUCUUUCAGUGACCUCAUGAACUGAAUUAAUGACAUAACUGUACUGUUCAGACAUUCCUGUUGUGAGUGGUGAAGAUCAAAACUCCACACUACAUACAUGAUCGUGCUACAUACAUGUGGGCAUCUCAGUGAAAACCAAUUCACAGUAGCCUAUUUAUGGUCAUUCAUUUUAAUAAGUUUCUGUGUGGGAGAACAGUAUCUGAAAUUGCAAGUAAUAACUUCAUCAUGGUUUUUGAUUGGGAUCUAAAUAUACAAGUUAAAAGCCUGCUGCAAAGUUGUAAGGACACAUUUUAUGAUGUUGGAAAUAAGCAAGAGCCAAGUAAUCAAGUGUCAUCAACCAAAAAUAACUGAAUGUCAAGUGUUGAAGGUAUUUUUUAAAUGUUUUUAUGUUACUAGCCAUUUUGAGUUAAAUAAAAACAAAGAAUAAGAAGUAUUUGAAUCUGUCUGCUGCUCCUAGAAUUUUAUUGGAAACACACAUUGUGUUUGGUUCUUUAAACAUGUGCACAUCGCACAGCACCUCUCAUAGUCACGUGACAUGUGUUUCUAAUCUGAUAGCUUGUUA